UCCUGAGAGGAGACGUGGGGACUGAGAGCUGCUGCCCUGUGUGCAGCGGGGGUGCGCUCAGCAACUGGGGUGACCGAGGCAAGGUCCACACUCGGGGGCUUCAGACAACAAAACUGUGCAUCUUGGGGUUCCGGGGGUCAUAGCUGGAAAUCGUGGUUUCCCCGGAAGCCUGGGCCAGGCCCUGCAGCUACUGGUGGCCCCGGGUGCUCCUGGGCUUGUGGCCUCCACGGGGACUUCUCCGUGUGUCCGUGUGUCUGUGUGUCCUCUUUUCACAAGGACUCCUGACAUCAGACUUGGGGCCCUCGUCCAGCAUGAGCGCGUCCCACUUCCAUCUGCAAAGGGCCUGUUUCCUGACGAGGCCACCUGAGCCUCCAGGGAAAGUGAAUUUGGGGGACACCAUUCACCCCAGUACAGCAGCGGUGGGGGGAAAUGGGGAAAAAAUGAUGCAAAUGAGCCUCACCCCCCCCCCCAUCCUGCAGGCUGAAGACGUAAGUGAGGAGGAGCUUCCUGGCUUUCCACCCCCUCCCUCAUUCCCUUCAGGGCUUCCCACCUGCCUGUCCAUCUGUCUGUCCGUCCGUCCGUUCCACAUUCACUGAGUGCCAUCAGAAGACAUGCUGAGUGGAACCACGCGUACAAGUGACGGUGAACAGCACUUCAAGCAGAGAAGGGCCUGGUGUCACCUCAGUGUCGAAAGACAAGUCGGAGUCGAGUGUGCAGCGGCAGCACGUCCUUCAGAUGCCCGCGGUCCGGCGGCGGCGAGGGGGCACGAGCUUCAGGCUGGCAGGGGCGUUCACAGACAGAAAACGGAACUGGGCUGGACUCCGGGUGAUUGGAUGCGGCCUCUUGUCGUCGUGGGAGGGACCGACGGGGACACCCUUGGACGCUCUGGGACACGAGCUCCUGCCAGCCUGGCACAGGCCCGGCCCCCGCAGAUCCCGGCGCUGCAGGCCGGGAGGCCCCUCCACCUGAGCCUGGAGGAAAGCAGAGAGGACACAGCUGGCCCCCUCGCAUCCACCCUGCCCUUCACCCUGAAUCUCAGCUGCAGCCGGGGACCCAGCUAAGGGCUCGGCCUCCCAGCCCCCUUGCAGCUGGGCAGCCACGGGACCAAGUCCCAGGAGGCGAGAGGAGGGGGCUGAGCCCAAGUCCUCUUCUGGCCUCUCACCGGCUGGAAUGUGCUCCAGAUGACAGGACAGCAGAGGACCCCCCAGGGAGGAGACGGAGGGAGCCGGGUCCCUGCUGAUGGGCCGCCUGCCCCCGGGAUCA